AUGUUGAAUUCUCACUUCGACCCGACCUCCCUCCCCUACCAUAAUCCGAAGAAAAUAAGGCGGGUCGCCCUCAUCACCGCAGGCAAUAGCGGAGUGGGCUGGUAUACUGCUCUCCACUUAUACCUCCAUGGCUACGUGGUGUACUUGGCUGGACGUUCGAAGGUGCGAUGCCAGAAUCUGAUAAAAACCUUGGUUGAGGAAGCGGCCGCCAUACGAGCGGAUUACGACGAGGACCAACAGAAUAUCCGCAUUUUAGGUGAACUCCACUACCUCGAGAUCGACUUGGCAUCGUUAGCCUCAGUACUCCGUGCCGUUUCCACGUUCCGCAACUUAGAGAAGCAUUUGAACAUUCUCGUCAACAACGCCGACGUGUCGGUACUCCCUUACACUGUGACUCCCGACGGUUUCGACGUACAACUUCAGACAAACUAUGUGUCGCCAUUUCUUCUCACAACCAAGCUUCUCCCGUUGUUGGAAUGCUCCGCAGACUUGUAUCCACAAUUGGAAGCUCCACGAGUUAUCUACAUUAGUCUGGUGGCUCACAAGAUUAUUCUCGGCUACUUCAACUUGAAUGCAUGCUUGAACUACCACCCCAACUUCUUCUUCACGUGGAUCCGCUACUCCAUAGCGAAGACAGCUGGCAUUCACUUCAUGCGUAUGUUGGCUCUACGUAACCCACGGGUGCUCUGUAUGUCAGUGCACCCAGGAUUCAUCAUGCAUACCAACUACUUCAGCUACUGGACACGGCUCCCUAUCAUUGGCAUUGUUUUCUGGUUAUUUUUCGAGCUUUUCGGCUUCUUGUUUGGAGUGACAGUCGAGGAAGGCUCGCAUGCGUUAGUCAAGUGUUCGCUAGAUCCGGAACUAACGCCUGAAAACGACAACGGAUCUCAUUUCGCAUAUAAUAACAAGGCGGAGCCCUCCCGAAUAGCUCGCAACAUGGACUAUGCUGCACGGUCAUGGAUCUGGACUGUGCACCAACUUGGCAAGAGACAUAUCGACAUCGUAUAG